AUCGGAUUUCCAUGUAAGCAAUAAUGCAGUCGGACGACCCUCCAUUUUUAAGUGUUGGCACUGAAGUUAGUGCGAAAUUUAAAGGAGCAUUUUGUGAGGCUAAAGUAAAACGUAUGACGAAAUCUGUGAAAUGUAAAAUUUUGUUGAAAACACCACCUUAUGGUACCAUAUUCGCCGACCAUACCGAAAUAAAGGGUUCUUUGGAAGUUAAUCAACAGGUCGAAAUUGUACAGGGAAAAGCCACUUAUAAAGGUGUUAUACAGAAUAUUAAAGAUAACAGCAUAUACGUUGUUGUCUUUAAUGAUGGUGACGAAAGACAAUUACGACGUACACAGGUGUGCAUCAAAGGUGCGAAACAUUUUAAUGAAGAUGUCAAUUUGGAUGCAAUGCCGUUAUAUAAACCAGAAUCGUUCAGUAGUCCAGUAGUUCUUGAUGAUCGAAGAGGAAAACAAAAAAGGAGAAAUUUGGAACAAUCGAAACAGCAACGACGACAAUCAACAUCAACAACUGCUGGAGAUAAAGAUGACGGGGAGCAUGGUGACGACGCGACGUCCAGCGAAGAUGGUUCAGCACUUGAAAGUUCUACUAGCACUGCUCUGUCUGACACCAGUAAUAACACAAGUGAAGCUGUAACUGUUCCUGCACAGUCAGGUCGUACUCUCCGUACACGUCGGCUAACGUCCAAAUCAGUUCCAAGACGUUUACGCAGUGCACGUAGGGAAUUUGCAUCAUUCUGCAGACAGAGUAAUAGUGAUCGUAAUUUGAAAAAUGCCGAUGAUGAGAAUGAUGACAACACUAAUAAUGAUGGUGAUGGGAACGCAGGUGGUUCGAGGAUGCGUCGUUUUGUGCGCUUACCGAAACCGUCAGUUUCACGCAUGAUUGCUGAUAAAAUUCUCACCAAGUCUAUUGCACGAACACGUAAAAAGCGUUAUGCAGCAGCAGUUGCCACGAAUGCGUUGAAACGUAUCAAGGAAUCAAAAAGCACUGGUGGUAAACAUAGGUUAGGUGAAGACGAUGAUGAUAACUAUGAUAAAGAUGAUGAGAACAGUAAUAUUGAUGGUGAUGAUGAUGAUGAUGAUGAUGAUGAUGAUGAUGAUGAUGAUGAUGAUGAUGAUGAUGAUGGUGGUGGUGAUGGUGAUGGUGGUAAUGGUGGUGGUUAUAAUAAUGAUGACGAUGACGAGAUUGACGAUACAGAUAAGGAAAAAGGAAGAACACAUGCACGAAAAAAGCAUUGCAGUAGUGAUGAUAAUGAUGAUGAUAAAUCCCAUACAAGUGAUAAAAAGAUGGAUGUGAUGAGUGGCAAUAACACAAGUCGCAAAAGCGAACGGAAACGACAAGGACUUCGGGAUAAGGAAGUGGAGCCGGUAAUAAAGAAAAGAUUGAAAGAUAUUGGUGAUACGAAGAAGUUGUAUAAGGUUGGAGGUGUUGUAGCAGUGUAUGAGGAUGCUACGCGAAAGGGUAAAUGGACACCAGCGGUUGUCGUUGCGGAAGUGUCAUUUAAGAUUGGAACAAAGGGAACUGUAAGUGUUGGCAAAAGUGAUAUUCUAUUGCGAAGCUUCAAGGAUUCGAAAUACUUUGCUUGUCCAAUGGGUAGAUUGUCUUCACCGGGCACUUCAGUUCUCAAGUUUACUGACUCGUCGCCUAAAGCUGCUAUGGAUCGAGCUGUUGCUUUCGUUGAAAAAGAAAUUUUCCCGGCAGGAUGGGAAAGAUCACAAAUUUAUGAUGACGAUGUACGGUCUAAGAAACGCGAAUGUAGAUCUUCUUCGACUGAUCAAAAAAAACGGGAAGCUUCCACUAAAGCGAAACGAGAAAUUGAGAAGAAAACUUCCGCUGAGAGUAGCACUUCAGGGAGCGAGAGCAGUACUGACGAAGAAUACGGCGAAGAAAGAGAUCAGUUUACUGCCCAGUUAUAUAAGUUCCAUGAAGAAAGAGGAACUCCAAUUAACCGAGCACCAAUACUUGGUGGGAAAGACAUAGACAUGUUUCGGUUGUAUAAUGUGGUUCAACGAUAUGGUGGUAAAAAACGUGUGACUGAAAACAAUCAGUGGAAGUUGGUUUUGCGGAAAAUGCAUUUGGAAGGAUGCCCAGGAGCAACUUCAGUUACUGUUAAAAAUGCCUAUUCGAGAUACUUGGAUCAUUUUAAUUCAUUUUACCGCAAUUUGGGUAUUUCGAGCUGGUUAUCCACCCCUACACCGUCAACUUCCAGUCGUAGUGAGCGUCCAAAUCGUUUAUUAGAUCGUCACAAUAUACAGCUGCAAAGAAGAAAAUUGGCAUUAAAGGCAACGAAGAAAAAAGAAAAGGGACAAAAAGAAAGCACAACUAAGGGAAAAGCAACGAAGCGAGAAAAAGAUGAUGGUAUUCCACGUACGAGAAAAGAAAAAGUAAAAAAAGACGAGCGAAAUAUGACGAAAUCUGAUGUCAGCGAAGAUGAUGAUAAAAUGAGGGGUGCACCAUCUACGUCGUCACAGAGUCCAACACCAUUACUUUGCUUGUCGCCUGGUAGCAAAACAAAGUCUAAGGCAAAAGAUGAGGAAGAACAGGACAAAGGAAGUGUGAGCGAUAGUGGAACAAUCGAAAGUACCAAAGAAAAGGGAAGUUUCAAGGUUGAGAAGGAAUCAAGCAGAAUUAAGCAACGAGGUUCAAAGAAAAAGGAUAAUGAGAAGGAUGCAAAUAAAGAUGAGCAACAGCCUGGCUCGAAAGCUUCCGAUACUGAUAAGAGGACUAAAGUAUCAAAGAUUAGUAAACCGGAGAAGAAAUCAUUUUCUGAGUGUUAUAUUAAACGAAAAUCUCCAAGUAUUGUCUCAACAGCUUCAAAUGCCGAUCUGGGAGCUAGUGGAAGCGAUGAUGAAGCACACAUUCGACAAAUGCGUUUAAAAGAAGCCCGGAAGUUGGCCACUGCGGGAACUCGCCUUUCUGCAGAGCAGAAAGAAUUAUCGAUAAGCAAGCGUGAUGGAAGUGCCGUAGGAAAAGAUUCGGAUAUUCCUCAAGUGCUGAGGAAGGAAAAAGCCAAAGAAGGUGUACCAUGGCUUAAUUGUUCUGCAGCUACAGUCUUAACGAAUUUCUACAUGGGACAAAAUGUGAAAGCUUAUCAUCAUGGUCAGUGGUAUGAUGCAAGAGUGAUUACAGUGGGAAAAAUUUCACAUGGUGAUGUCCUCUCUUCGAUGAUGGACUUCGAGGCGAGAUGCAAAGCCAUCAAUGAGUUAACGGACUGCGAUGAGAAAGAACGAAAAGAAGCACUAACAAGAGCAUCGGCACGCUUAAAUGAUCGCUUAGAAGGUAUUCUCCGGGAAAUGACAUGUUGUGUACAUUACCUUGGAUGGAAUUCUCGUUACGAUGAGUGGGUGGAGUUAAUCAAAAUUAAAGUACAUGAAAAAGACCAGAAAUUGUCGGAAGAACAGUUUUUAUCGAUUGCAUCGGAUAAAUUAAGUGCUCCUACCCUUGAAGCAGCUGUAGCAUGGCGUUCUUCUGUUGAUCCAGCCAAGCUUCUGGCAACUGAAGUGUGUAGUAGUGGAAUGAGGCCUCGGCGACUUUCACAUACCCACGAGCAUGCUACACAUCCAGAGGCUCGUUUACGUUCUACUACGUUUUCGGAAAAAAAAGUGAAAAAAGUGCUGAAAGUUUCGUUGACAACGGCUGACUCAACGGUACUGAAAGAUGACUCUGUGAAGCAGAAUGCUGUACAUCUUGCGAACAUCAAUCUUGCUGAAUCUGAUGCAGAAAUUAUUCUGAAUCGUUUACCGGAAGAAGCUUCAGUUUCGGAAACACCGCCACAUCUUUCUUUUGUCAGUGAACUUAUAUCGAGUACAGUAUUUCUUAGUGGCGUUACUGCAGAAGAAGAGUUAACUGAAGCAAACUCAGAUUCGAAACAGCAUAGAAUAAUGUCGGAUAAUCGAUCAGCUGUCGCAGAUCUUCAAAAUAAUUUAUUAAAAGCACCGUCUAUUGUUUCUGCACGAACCGUUCCUGAAAGUGCAGCUGAAAACAUCAAAACAGAAGAAGUCAAAGCUGGUCAUUUGUCAGUGCUGGAUGGAGUAUCUCGGAUGAAACAGAUUGAUGCUGGAAAAAUGACGAAGACUGAGGACGAUCAGCGGUCAUCCACUGAAGCAUCAGAAGUUGUGGAAGAAAAAAGGCAACAUCCGGACACAAGUGAAAGACAAGCAGAAUUGGUGAUCCUAGCAAAAAGUAAUGAGAUGGAUUUAAAAAAGGAUGUUGACAGCGAGCCAAAGGAAUGCGCUGGAGUGCAGCAGAUUUCACCUGAUGAUUCAAUUCAAAAAGAAACUUUAAUUUGUAAAGAAAUCUCGUUGGAAUUAGAAGCCACAGCUGAAGAUAUAGCUUCAAAAGAAUGUGAUGAUGAAGCUUGGCAUCCGCCGAUGUCUUUGGGACUUAAGCAACGUGGUCGUGGAAUGAAAAAGAAGAAAGUUGGUAGAAAUGCGUCGAAUACAUUGGCCGAACGUAAAGGCGUUGGAAAGGGAGGAUCCAAACAAACAAACAGUGAGGAGCGAAGUAAAGAAAGUGAGGAAUGCUCAUCGAGUGAUGAUGAAAGUUUGCCUAACGUAAGGGAUAGUUGGCAUGCUUUGAAAGUACGUAUGCAACAAAAAGUUGAAUUAGAAGGAGCUAUGGUAUAUGCUGAAAAGGAAUUGAAUUUGGAACCAAUUGACGAAAAUUCAACUGGGGAAGCGCUAAUAAAUUGUUAUCAGGAGCGUAUGCAAGAGCUCAGAGAUAUAUAUCAUAGUAUACGCGCAGAUCAAGCACGUCUAGAUCGUCGUUGGCGAAAAACACUUGAGAAAAGAAAACAGCGCGACAAGGAACACAGAAAAAAAGAGGAAUUCAUACAAUCGCCUGUAAGUGAUAACGUUGUAUAA